AAAAAACAAAACAGAAGAAAAACAAGGAUUAUCGGACCAAAAGUUUGGGGACCGAGCUAGAGCAAAGCCAGACAGCUCGUCUUUCCUUGGAGUUAUCAUAUCGAACCUUACCCUUCUGGAUUCGUUCUCUUCUUACUGAUAAUUUUUUAGGGUUAACAUGAGCUUUACUGGCCCUUCCAUGAGUUCCGGGGGUAAAACUGCUAGAAGAGCUCUUGAGUUUGGAAGGACCUAUGUGAUCAGGCCCAAAGGUAAACACCAAGCUACUGUGGUUUGGCUUCAUGGUCUUGGUGACAAUGGUUCGAGCUGGUCACAGCUCUUGGAGACUCUUCCUCUUCCAAAUAUUAAAUGGAUUUGUCCUACUGCCCCUACUCAACCAAUGACUAUAUUUGGUGGCUUUCCAUCCACUGCUUGGUUUGAUGUGGGAGAUCUUUCGGAAGAUGGUCCCGAUGAUUUAGAGGGUUUAGAUGCUGCAGCCUUGCAUGUUGCAAAUUUGUUGUCAACUGAGCCUGCUGACAUUAAACUUGGUAUUGGAGGCUUCAGUAUGGGUGCAGCAACCUCACUAUACUCUGCAACCUGCUUCGCUCAGGGAAAAUAUGCAAAUGGCAAUACAUACCCUGCCAACUUAAGUGCAGUUGUGGGACUAAGUGGCUGGCUUCCUUGUUCAAAGACUUUGAAUAGCAAAUUAAGAGGAGAUAACGAAGCUGCAAGGCGUGCUUCAUCUUUGCCCAUUUUGCUUUGUCAUGGCAAAGGUGAUGACGUGGUUCAAUAUAAAUUUGGUGAAAAGUCCUCACUAUCCUUGAAUUCAAAUGGGUUUCGGGAUGUGACAUUCAAAUCUUACAAUGGGCUUGGCCACUACACAAUCCCUGAAGAGAUGGAUGAGGUUUGUGCUUGGCUAACAUCUAAAUUGGGACUUGAGGGGAGCUCUUCAUAACGUGACAACUGCAAAUCUUGAUUUCAUAAAAUUGAAGAGGAAGGAGAAAAUUGUUGAUGGUUUCAAGGAUAAAAAUUUAGUAGCUCAAAAUGGUUCUGGUUUUUACAUACAUGCUAUAGCGAACUUGGUCCAUGCAUUUCCCUUAUUUAGUCCUGGCGUAUUUCAUAUUGUUUUAACUGUUGGAUCUACAAGAAACCUUAUUGGUAAAUCUUUAAGACGUGUGUAGUUUGGGUCAUCAACUUGCUUGUCAUGAAGUCUGGACGGUUAUUGCUAUGUUUUUAACUUGUCUCUAUUUUCAUUUCCAUGCAACUGGUAGUGACUUGCUGAUUCUUUUUU